GUAUUAGUGUGAGGGGCGUGUCGGUGUCGUGUUUCUCUUUUGUCACCUGCAGCAUUAAUUCUUUGGCUCAUUCACCUUCAGCAGCAGAAACACACACACAGAUGGAGUCCAGCAGCGGGCGCUUCUCUCUCUUCUCCCCGCACACAGCGCUCUUCCUGCGGCCGGAGGACAGGAGUUUCCCGCGCAGCCCGAAGUGCGCACGCUGCAGGAAUCACGGCGUGGUUUCGGCUCUGAAGGGCCACAAACGCUUCUGCAGCUGGCGCGACUGCGCGUGCGUCAAGUGCGCGUUGAUCGCGGAGAGGCAGCGCGUCAUGGCGGCGCAGGUGGCGCUGCGGAGGCAGCAGGCGCAGGAGGAGCUGCAGAUGCUUUACCCCGCGGCAGCAGCGAGCGAGGGCGAGACAAACCUAAAUAAGUGCAGUGUGUUGAGCGGACUGAUGGAUCAGGCGUUGUUCAGCCCGCACACACCUGCGCUGAGUGAGCCGUUAAACGACAGCGUGUCUCCCGGAUCAGAUCUGGAGUCCGGCAGCGAGUCGGAGAAACCCAAAGAAGAGCUUUCCAAAACGAGCGGGCGAAACCCCGCUGCUGUUCUGACGAAGAUCUUCCCUCGUGUCAAGCGAGACGCUCUUGAGUCGGCGCUGAAGGCCUGCUCGGGAGACGUGGUGAGGGCCAUUGAACUGCUGCUGGGUUCUCAGGAGGGCCAGAACUCAAGCGGAGACGUGCCUCUGUCGGAGAACCUCCCCAUCUCCCGGUCGUCUGCCGUCUGCCUCACAGAAGCUCCUCUAAGACACUUCAGCUCCAGAUCAGCGUUCUCUCCCCUCCACGCCUCCUCCGGUUUGCUGGGGUUAAACCCUCGCUUUGCCAUCGCUCCGCUGCGACUGGCCUACUCAACACCCAGCUUCAUUCCUCCGUAUCUGACGCCUGCGUUUGUCCCGGCGCUGUCCCUGCGGCCCCCAGCAGACUAUCCGCUCCCCGGGGCCCUGCGGGACCUGCCUUACCCCAAAGACACUUUCAGCCCCGCAGUGUUUUACUCCAGCCUCAGCCACGACAAAUAAUCCAAGCCUCAGUCUCUCUCUUUAUUAAACUACUGUACAGUGUACAAGCGUGUCGUGAUUUGAGAUCGAGUCGCAAGCAGCUCAUGGAAGCAAUUACAGUUUUAUA